UUAUUAACUACGAGACAUUCUUACCGUUGCCCAGCUGUGAGCACCCAGCUUGUAGAAGCUCUAAAGGGAGAUUGAAGAAAGGUCUCCUCUGACCUUGGUAGCAGCACCCAGCCACCUGCCCUGAGGGCUUGUUCCUGCCAACCAGCCCUAGAUGCCCUUAAGGCCCUGGAAAGAAUGAGCUAUUACGGCAGCAACUACCGGAUUGUAAACGCAGACUCCAAAUACCCCAUCUACCCUCCGGAGCACGUGAUCGCGGAGAAAAGGCGAGCCAGGAGGCGCCUUUUGCACAAGGACGGCAGCUGCAACGUGUACUUCAAGCACAUUUUCGGGGAAUGGGGGAGCUACGUGGUCGACAUCUUCACCACCCUCGUGGACACCAAGUGGCGCCACAUGUUCGUGAUCUUUUCUCUCUCCUACAUUCUCUCCUGGCUGAUCUUCGGCACCAUCUUUUGGCUCAUCGCCUUUCACCACGGAGAUCUCCGAAAUGAGCCCGACAUCACGCCCUGCGUGGACAAUGUCCACUCCUUCACGGGGGCCUUUCUCUUCUCCCUGGAGACCCAGACCACCAUAGGGUACGGCUACCGCUGCGUCACCGAGGAGUGCUCCGUGGCCGUGCUCACGGUGAUCCUGCAGUCCAUCCUAAGCUGCAUCAUAAACACCUUCAUCAUCGGGGCCGCCUUGGCGAAAAUGGCCACGGCCCGCAAGCGAGCCCAGACCAUCCGGUUUAGCUAUUUCGCUCUCAUCGGCAUGCGGGAUGGGAAGCUGUGCCUCAUGUGGCGAGUGGGUGACUUCAGACCCAACCACGUGGUGGAAGGCACCGUGAGGGCCCAGCUCCUGCGCUAUGCGGAAGACAGCGAAGGGCGGAUGACCAUGGCCUUCAAAGACCUAAAGCUCGUCAAUGACCAGAUCAUCCUGGUCACGCCAGUCACCAUUGUGCACGAAAUUGACCACGAGAGCCCUCUCUAUGCCCUGGACCGCAAAGCGGUGGCCAAAGACAACUUUGAGAUUCUGGUAACGUUUAUCUACACGGGCGAUUCCACCGGGACAUCCCACCAAUCCAGAAGUUCCUACAUCCCCCGGGAAAUCCUCUGGGGCCACCGGUUCAACGACGUCUUGGAAGUGAAGAGGAAGUACUACAAGGUGAACUGCUUACAGUUCGAGGGGAGUGUGGAAGUCUAUGCCCCCUUCUGCAGUGCCAAACAACUGGACUGGAAGGACCAGCAGUUGCACAGCGUGGCAAAGGCCCCUCCGGCCCGGGGGGCUGGUGUGGUCGACACCAAGGUCAGGCGAAGGUCAUUCAGUGCUGUGGCCAUUGUCAGCAGCUGUGAAAACCCUGAGGGGACCACCACCUCUACCUUGGAGGAGUGUAAGGAAGCGCCUUAUCAGAAAGCCCUCUUAACUUUAAAUAGGAUCUCUGUAGAAUCUCAAAUGUAGUCUUCCCGUGAUAAGACGAGGGCUGUCAACACCAUCUUUGGAUGGGCCAACCAUCUGUUAAGAUCACCUUGUAAAACAUGAUGUCACUAUAAUUAACGGUUAGGGGUGGGGGAUAGGGGAUUUGAUAAUGGUGGAUAAGCCAUCAACUUUAAAAAAAAAAAAUCUCUUGGUAAGUGAUGGUUCCUACUUUUUUAUCCCGUAGGAAAAGCGUUCACUGGAAUGCUAUUAAGAAAUCACGCUGAUCACUUGCCAUUUCAUUUCCUUUAAUCCGCCCUCCCCACGCCCCACCCCCACAUGUAUUUUUCCUCAGAAAAGCGCUUCUCAGAGGUGGGGAACAAAGACAGGAUGCUGUAGUAAACACAAACGGGAAGACAGGAGGUCAGCAUGAAUGCCUUCUUAAAUACAAGAUAGUAUGCUAUCAAAAUUGUUAGUGUUAUGAGUGAUUUCCUCUAAACAACAUGAUGUCAUCUAACCAAGAGAUGUGCGCAAGACAUUGCAUAGAUUGUGCUGCUCGGCUAUUUCGCUUCAGAACUCACUGGCUAGUGUGAGUCCCUGUGCUCAGUCCUUGGUAGCUGCAUAGGUGGGGACCGUACAACAAUUGACAAUGCUGGCAAUCGAGACAGUCCUGCUGGCAUUUGCCCAGGCAAUGAUUGAUCAUGAUUAGAAGUAGUUUUGUCUCUAACCCAUGAGGCAGAAGAAAGGUCGACACCAUUAUUCACUGCAGAAUUUCCUUCUCUGAUGCCUGCUCAGCCCCAAUGAAUGGCUUUAUAGAAAAGAGAAGAAAUGAGGCACGCAUGACGCCUCUCAGGUUCUGCAACAAAGUGACUUCCUGGGCCCGUCUCUGACCUUCAUCAAGGACAUGAUAAGUGGGCAGGAACAGAGAGAGAUGGGGUAAGGGACUGGACAGCAGUGACAAACACGGGAACCCUUGGAGAGAAGAUGUCCCUGAGAGACUAGAGCCGGGGCUGGCUGCAGAAGGCAGGGACCCCGUUUGUCGUUCUUCUUUG